AUGAUGAGGAUCGCGGUGGCGAUGACCGGGUUCGGCGGUGCGGUCCUAGAGGGCGUGCUCACGUUCCUGCUGGUGUACACGGUGCACGUGGUCGGCGAGCCUCCUCGCCUGAGCGGCACCGGCGGCAGUGGAGGCAAGCGGGGGUUCGCAGCCACGGUGCUGGGCGCGCUGGCAGUUGGGCUCACGGAGGGCGCGUGCGUGCUGUCCGCAGGCUCGCUGACGGGCGCGUCCAUGAACCCGGCGUGUUCGUUCGGCGCGGCGGUCGUCAGUGGACACUUCAAGAACCAGGCCGUGUACUGGGCCCGCCCGAUGGUCGGCGCCGCCGUCGCUGCGCUGGUGUACCAGAUCCUAGCAUGCCCGAACGCGGCCGAGUCGCCGCGGCACGGCAACGUGGAGGCGGUGGUCGUCUGA